CUUCUUAAGAGCCAGUCACUAAGAUUAAAGGAACACUGAGACUGAGCCAGCGACAGAAUUUAAUGCUGGAACUCUGUCAUGCAAAGCCAAAGAACAUUGAAGAUUAUCAAGAUGAUAACAGUAAUUGCUAUAAUUGUGCUUGUACUUAGAAUACCAAACUGCUUUGCUCAAUCAGAUGGAAACUUUUUGAUUUACAAUGCAUAUAAGAACAGAUGCCUGGGAGAUUUUCAAGGCCUGGUCCUGUGUAACCCCUUAAGCACAAGACAACAGUUCCGCUGGACUUCAAAGAGUCGCAUCUUCAAUGUUGCCCAGAAAAAAUGCCUUGGCACAGGAAGCAAGACUGAAGGCAAUAAACUGCAGUGGUACAUCUGUGAUGCCAACAGUGACCUUCAAAAAUGGGAGUGCAAUGACAACUUGCAGUUUGGCCUGAAGAAUGAGUCUCUUUACUUGUCUGUUCAGAAAGAUACUAAUCUGCUCACACUGUCCAAAGAUCCAGGGGAGGAAGGGAAGUGGACAAUUCAUGGAACAAUGGACAGCGUCUGCUCACGGCCAUAUGAGGAGUUAUACACACUCCAUGGCAAUGCCUUGGGACGCCCAUGUCACUUUCCAUUUAGAUUCAAUAAGAAAUGGUACACAGACUGCACAACAGAAGGCUCCUCUGUCAGUCGUCUAUGGUGUGCAAUUGAAAGUGAAUUUAAAGAUGAUGGGCCCUGGGGUUAUUGCCCAACACAUCAAAUAGACAAAUCAUGGAGUAAGAACCCCCUGACAGGCAUCUAUUACCAGGUGAAUGAAAAUUCUGCACUGGCUUGGUAUCAGGCCAGGAAGAGCUGCCAGCAGCAGGGCGGAGACCUGCUGAGCAUCACUGAGCCCCAUGAACAAACCUUCAUAUCAGGGAUGACUCUGACAACAGCUCCUGCAUUGUGGACAGGACUGAAUAGUUUAGAUUCCUUAAGUGGGUGGCAAUGGAUCAAUGGGCAACCUUUACGUUAUCUGAAAUGGCUCAAUGGGCAACCAUCCUUUAAACCAGGGCACACCUGUGGGGUGAUAAAUCAGCAUUAUGAUUCUAAAUGGUCGACUGAUAUUUGUUCUGCAAGACAUGGAUAUAUAUGCCAAAAAGGUCUUGCCACUCCCACAGUUCCACCAGUGGUGCACACAGGUUAUUGCCAUAGUCCAUGGAUCCCUUACUCAGGCCACUGUUAUUUCCUCAAUCGCACAAAGAGAACGUGGCUGGAGGCGAGAGACGCCUGUCGACGUGAAGGUGGAGACCUGCUGAGCAUUCUGAAGUCAGAGGAACAAAGUUUCGUCAUCUCACAACUUGGAUAUUUACAGACGGAUGAGCUGUGGAUUGGCUUUAAUGAUCUCAAGACUCCAAUGCUGUUUGAGUGGAGUGAUCACUCCUUUGUUCCAUUUGCCUGGUGGGGCAUGAAUGAACCGAGCCACAGUGCUGCUCUUAAAGAGGACUGUGUUUUAAUGAAAGGAGAGGAGGGCAAGUGGGCUGACCAAAUCUGUCAGCAGAAGUAUGGAUAUAUCUGUAAGAAAAAGACCAAUGUGAAUCCAUCUACUGAUGACACUGUUGUCACAAGUCCAGGCUGCAAACCUGGUUGGAUCAGGUACGGCUACUACUGUUACCUAGCCGGAGCAGAGAUUAAAUCCUUUGAAGAGGCCAAGCAGAUGUGUGAAAAAUCUGGAUCUUAUUUGAUUGACAUUACAAACAAGGUUGAAAACGCAUUCCUGGUCAGCCUGGUUGGGGCACGACCAGAGAAGCACUUCUGGAUCGGGUUGUCUAACCAAAGGGACCGACACACAUUUGCGUGGACUAACAACAACAAAGUUUUGUUCACUCACUUUAAUGCUGGAAUGCCAGGAGGGAGACAAGGUUGUGUUGCCAUGACUACAGGAGUGCUUGCUGGAUUAUGGGAUGUGCUUAGUUGUACUAAUAAAGAAAAGUAUAUCUGCAAGCAAAAGGCUGAGGGGAUGGUGACAACUCCAGCACCCCCAACAACGCUUGCUCCCAGCUGCAGUGAGGGCUGGUAUCCACUUACAAACAGAGACUACUGCUUUAAGAUGUUUGACGUGCAGUUUGACAAAAAGAAGACUUGGUCUGAGGCUCUUGACUUCUGCCGAGAACUUGGAGGAGAUCUUCUGAGCAUCCACAGUGAUUUAGACAUUAGACAACAGCACUUAAAAUAUUCAUCAUCAGCAUGGAUUGGUUACAGUAUUCAGAAUCCCACUGCUGGCUACGUAUGGAGUGAUGGUUCCUCUUCAUCCUAUGAAAACUGGGCAACAGGUGAACCAAAUAAUUUAAAUGAUGUGGAAAACUGUGUUAGAAUGGAAAAUACUUGGUGGGAUGAAAAACAUUGGAAUGACCUCCACUGUGAUGACAGAAGCAAUUGGAUUUGUGAGAUUAGAAAAGGUGUGAUACCAAAAGAAGUAAACAUUACAAGUAUAACGUAUAAUACCACAGAUGAUGGCUGGAUUAUAUUCAAGGACAAUCAAUAUUACAUAGGUCACAGGUCUAUCUCUAUGAUAGAAGCACGGAUGUUCUGUAAGAACAGACAUAGUGAUCUUGUGGUCAUUAAUGAUGAAGAGGAGAGAGUGUUUCUAUGGCAUCAGGCCAAAAAACGUUAUGAUGACAUUUAUAUUGGUAUGCAUAUUGAUUUAGACAAGACUUUCACGUGGAUGGAUGGAUCACCUGUAGUAUUUCAAGCAUGGUCAGAAAACCAGCCAGCAUUUGAGAACGAUGAGGAGCACUGUGUAAAAAUGACCCGAUCUCAAGGUCUCUGGGAAAAUGUAAAUUGCGGUGAUGAAGAAAAUUUUAUUUGUAAACGGAGUGGAACUCCACCAGUCAAUUCUACUGUCGCCCCCACUGAACCUUCCAUUGGUGGCUGUGCUCCUGACUGGGUGAAGUUUCAGGGAAAGUGUUACAACAUAAGACUUGAGCCAAAAACAUGGACUGAAGCCAGAUCAUACUGUAGAAGACUCGGGGGAGAUCUUGCUUCUAUUACUGAUAGUCUUCAGCAAGCUUUUCUUACCUUAAGGAUGAUUGAAAACACCCCAGAUUUAUGGAUUGGCUUCAGUAAUUUGGCAGGCAAAAGUUUUAAAUGGACAGAUGGGAGCCCAAUCCAUGUUACAAAAUGGGCCAAAGGACAGCCUUCAGAAUGGCAUUCUGAGUUCUUUCAGCAUUUUCCCUCCUGGAUUGUUAACCAUCCAUUGAGGAUUUAUUACGCAGCAUCUUGUGUUGUAAUGGGAGCUGUGCAAAGUCCUGAGCUGGGAAUGUGGGUGACAAAAGACUGCAAUGAUACCAAUGGUUUUAUUUGCAGUCGAACUGUAGAUCACUUUAUAAAACCAAGUCCGAAAGAGGAACCCAAAACUUUCAUCAAGCUCGGAAAUUCUUCUUACAUGGUCAUUCAAAGAACCCUGACCUGGAAGGAAGCAAAGCACCACUGUGAAGUAGAAGGAGCACAUCUGGCCAGCAUUCGGGAUAUGAUCACCCAGUCCUACAUUGAGCUGCAGACGCAUGAACUUGGACAGCCUUUGUGGAUCGGCCUUAAUAGUAAUGAGACAGAUGGCUACUUCCUAUGGAUUGAUAACUGGAAUUUGAAUAUGGAAAGGUGGAAUUCCUACGAACCAAAGAAAGACCAACCCUGUGUUUUUGUGGAUGUAAAUGGAAAGUGGAAAACAGCGCACUGUAACCAAACCUACUAUAGUGUUUGUAAGAAAUCAACAGACAUUGCCCCAAAUCGACCAACUCAAUACCCGGGGUUGUGCCCCGAGCAAAGUGAGGAUCCACCAAUCUCAUGGUUGCCUUAUAAAGGACAUUGUUAUGCAUUUAUGUACCUUUCACUGUCAUGGAGCUCUGCAUCUCUAUUUUGUAAGAAAAGAGGAGCCAGUCUUGUCAGCAUUGAAGAUACAAGUGAGGCAAAGUUUAUAGAGAAUUAUAUUGAUUUGCUUGGGAGUGAUGACCGCCAUUUCUGGCUAGGCCUUUAUCAGACCUAUGCAGGACAUUGGCUGUGGAUGGACAGUAGUGUGGUGGAUUACACUAACUGGGGACAGUCUAUAUCUGAUGAUCCUAAUUAUUUCUAUGAUGAGUUCAAUGAAUGUGCAUUUAUCUCCACCAUAAGUAAACAAUGGGGAACACGCCAUUGUGAAAACAGGGCACGGUUCAUCUGCAAAACAGCCAAAGAUAUAAAGAAAACCACAGAAGUGAAACAUCCAGAUCAUGCUGAACACCAUGUGAAAGUCAUUGUUCCUGUGGUUCUGGUGACUGUAGUGCUCUGUUUGCUGGCUGGGUUGGCUUACUUCUACCGCUACCACAGGUUUUCCAGGAACCAGCCUGCUGAUGCUGCGUUUGAGAACCCUAUGUAUCACCCUACUGUUGUAGAAGUUCUGCCAGUGGAGAAAGAGAUCAAAAACUUAACAGACCACAUGGAGAUUAAUAAAAAGCAUUCUCCUUUGUAAUUUUGGCAUAUGUGCUGGAGUGCCAAGGCAAAAAAAAAAGAAAUGUGUAUAACACAAGUCUUUCUCAGGAGUUUAAGAAAUCAAAAGGCGUUAUCAGUAAUGGCAGCACUUCAAAUCUACUUCCUGAACUACAAGACUGCAACAUUUUCAAACUGGACUCAGUCAUGAGCAAUGAAUACAUUUUCCUGCUUAUAUGUUUUUAAUUUAAUUGGCCAUCUAAAUUAAGGUUAUUUCACCAGUCAUGCAUGCCAACAAAUGUUCCUUAGACAAAUUCAGGUUGUGAAAGAGAAUUUUAGUUAUUGUGCUGUAAUUUUUCUCCCCAAAGAUGUCUCCAUGUAUAUAAGAUGUAGCCUAACUAAAAUAUUAAAAUCACAGAUACAACAGUAAGUGUUUAAGCUGGCUUUUAUGUAUAUUUCAAAUAUAUGUAUAUUCCGUUUUACUUUCAUGAAGAUAUAUUUGCUUAAACAUUUUACUUUAAAUCCUCAGUUAAAUAGUAGCAAGUGUAAAUUCUGGGGAAACUUAGUUCCAGGUUGAUCAAAUAGGCAGAAUAUAUUUCAGCACAGGUUGAACUCUGUACUUUUAUUAGCCCAAAUCUACAAAGGCAUAUGAGGUAUACACAAAUGCACAAAAGUUGCAUUUAAGCCAUAUUGUAUCAAAAACUGAUGCAUAGAGUAAUAAGAACACAUUAUACUCUGAGACUGAGCAUAGGAAACACGUCCCAAUACAUGCAGCAUGUGCAGAAAAGAUGUUGGGAUUCAAACUUCUUGUAUAAAAAUAGGACAAUUGUAAAAACAGUAAAAACAAGGAUAUAAACCAGGUGGUCUGUCGUAGUUUCUGUCAUGAAAAAAAAGAGUGAGAGCAGUUACUCCUGCACAAUUUUGUAAUUGAACAUUGUUAAACUGAAAGGCACACAGCUGCUUAAGCAUAUCUUCCUUCAGUUUACCAUCCAGACUUGCCAAUUAUUUAUGUAAAACCAGUUUACAAACAAGGCUGUGCUGCACAAUUUUCUAUUUGUGUAUUGCUUAAUUAUGCUAACAAAUCACAUAGUAAGAGUGUUAAGAUUCACCAUAAGAAUUAAAAAGUGUCUUAAGACCAAAUUAACUUAGUGUUGUGAUUGGUACCAGUGGUACCAGUCCUGGUUUAAUACUGGUUAUGUGCUUGUCAUGGCCCAUCCUAUACCCCUCCUCGUCCACGUGGUGAGACACGACGUGUGGUUUCACGUGUUUGUUUUCCUCCUGUCUGCGCGUUUAAUAGCCCGCGCCUUCAGUUAGUUGCCACGCGCCCCUUGUUACCGGUGCGCCCCGCUUCACCUGCGUCUAGUUCCUUCACGCUUCAUCAUGUGUAUAAAUACCCCUCUCUGUUUUUUAUGAAUACGGUUGUUACUGUCUUUGUGGCUGUUCGUUUACGUCAGUCGACGACUUCGUAACGGACAUAUUUGCUUUUUGUGUGUAUGUUACGUGUGUCUUGUUUUCGUCUUUUACUUUCGUUUUCAAUCGACUUUUGUUUACGUAAUUAUCUACGCACGCCUGCAUAGUGUCUCGCAUCGUCACAGUGCCAAUAUCUCAAACAUUAGAGAUAAAAGUGAUCCAUAUUAAUACAAAAUAUUGUAAUAAUAAAAACGGCCACUGGCAUAAAAUAGUUCUUUAGAAAGAUAUAGUAAUACUUAAAACCUUUACAAUAUCAAUACAGACAGCAGGGUAGAAAGUGCAGUAUGACCAUAGAAACAUAUAAGCUUUAAGAGUUAUGUGAUGGCAUAAACAUCUGCACCAACAUGAACAAAUUUUGUUAGAAUGGUUAACUGGGGUCAAGACUGCAUGCAGUCCAGAAAGUAACCAAAGGAAAUGGCAGAAAACAAAGUUAGGCCACAGGAAGAGAUAAUGUAGCAGUGUGGAGAGUUGAGAGAAAAAGCAAAAGAAGUGCAUCCUGACUGCAUACUGUAACAAUGCUCGACUCUGACAUCACCAAUACUAACAAUUCACUUUAGUAUAGCUUAUACAAUAUUUCAAUUGUAUUCGAUAUUCAAUACUAUAUACUCUUUGUACAGAGUUUCAAAGUUUAAGCUUUUAAAGUAUAUAUUUUGAAUCAUUUAAAAAAGUAAAUAGUGGAGCUGUCAUUAAAUAAAUAAUUACUAAAUACUGAAGUAACUAGAUAACGCUACACAAUGAUGGGUUGCACUAUGCCAGAGGUGCACAUCUUAUGUUUAUGUUCCUGUCAAAUGGUCACACAAUAUCCACUACUCUUAUAUUGUACAGUUGUUAAUCAUAGGAACAUAACUAUUAUAUGUUUAUUCUAUCUAGGACAUUGAUGAAAUUGAAACAUAUGGGCAAUAUAAUUUGCUGGACUUGUGAACUGGUUUUUGAGCUAAUCACUUAAUCACUAUGAUUAACAAAAGGAUUAGGGGUGUGUUCCAGACUAGGGGUGUAUGUUUCAGAAACCAUGCUGGUUUCUACCCUUUUCAUUUGGGCAUCUUGUGAUUAUUUCUAUUUUAAUAUUGCCCAUGUAAUAAGGAUAAUUAAACAUCAUUGGCAACAACAACAACAACAACAACAACAAAAAGGUAAAUCUUUUUAAGAUUCAACCUAAUUCAAAAUGUUACGAUUUCACACUCAUAGCUACUUCAUGAAGUGGUAAACUUAUAGUGGUAGUCAUAUAGUUGAGAUUCACUCUAUAGAUUAAAAGAAGGCGGCUUUUGUAUAUGAUUCUGAAUAGUUUACAUCAUCUACAUAUGUACGAAAUUGCAAAUGCACAUGUGAAAAAUGCUAUUGUGUAAGAAAAGAGACAAUUAUGUGUUUCACAACACAAAGUCAUGGUUAUGUACAGGUUGUGUAAGGUGGGCUCAAACCCAAGUCAGCUAGGUGAUGACACCAAAAGCCUACUGGGUGAGCAACCACACUAACAAUACUGGGCCUAUGUGCAGAACAAUUAGAUCUUGGAUCAGGUAAAACAAAAGGAAAAAACUAAACACCACACCGAGCAUAGAAAAAGGGAGAACAAAGG